GAAACCUCUCGCUCCGAGUCCGCUCCUACUGCGCAUGUCCACAACGCAAACCUCAAGUUUUAUCAGUGGGAGGGAAGCGACGAACACGCUGCUUUUGAAGAGGACUGACAGCUCAGCUCCCUUCCUGCCACUCAUUUCUCUUCGGAUUCAUACAGAUUUCAUUUUAAAGCCUCCAGCUAACUCACUUUUACUACAAACUCCGUCCAGAAGCGAACAAACGGCGACAUUUGCCUCCUGACUGACUUCUUCUUCUUCUUCUGCUAUGGCUGGCAGCGCCACCAAGACAGUGUACGAGAUUUUCCAAAGCAUGGAGCACGGACCAGCAGCACCUUCCAGCACUGCUACUGCACAGGCCUGGCUGGAUCAUCAUUCCCGCUCUCUGGGUCUCUUCAUCGAUGGCAAGUUUGAGCGUCCAGCAGACAGACGGAGCCACUCCCUGUCUGAUUCUAAAGGCACUGUUGUGUGCAGCACAACCCUCGCUAAAGAGGAUGAUAUUUCCCAGUGUGCCUCCUCCUCUGUUAACGGCUACAAAGCCUGGAGCAGCCUGACCUGCUUCCAGAGGGCCAAAGUGCUCCUCAGGAUGGUGAGUGUUCUCGGGCAGCACGGACAGUGUGUGUCGGAGCUGUGUGAGAUGUGUGAGGCCUCCUGCUCGUCCUCCAGCCUGGUCAGACUGCUGCAGUUCUACAGCAGCUGGGCUCAGCUCAGAGACACUCUCAUCACCAGCUGGACACCUCUGGGUGUGGUUGAAGUCGUCACCUCUGAUGAGUGCUCACUAUAUUCCCUCAUGCUUAAAGUCUUACCAGCACUGGCCAUGGGUAACUCUGUGAUCGUUGUUCCUGGUCGCAGCGCUGCCCCUCCAGCGCUCCUCUUGGCUCAGCUCUUCACAACAGCUGGACUCCCUGCAGGGGCUCUUAAUGUUCUAACAGGAAGUGAUGUCACGCUAUCUGCUAAAGUGGCCCAAAACCCCAACGUCAGCUACGUCACUUACAGCGGCAACAAGGAGGAUGGGGUGACUCUGUGUCAGAACACAGCGGGGUUGGGGGUUCCUGUGUCCGUCUCCCCGUGCAUCGGAGCCACCUGCCCCUUCAUCGUCUUCGAGUCAGCGGACGUCGACAGCGCCGUGGAUGAAGUGAUAGAGGCUGCCUUCAAGAGGAAGAAAGAGGUCCACUGGGUGUUGUGUGUCCAGGAGAGUGUGGUGGACGGCGUGAUGGAUCGUCUCAAGCUGCGUCUGGCAGGAAUGAAGUGCGUUUCGCUGCUCAGUGAUGAACACAGGGCCCUGGUGGACGCUGCAGUACAGGAGGCUCAGCAGCAAGGAGCCACGUUGAUCCAGUCCAGCGCUGCCCCCCCUUCAGGAGUCCAGUACCCUCCCACGGUGCUCUGUAAUGCAGCCCCCUCCUCACCAUGUGUGGUCACCCCGACUCCUGGACCUCUGCUGCCUCUCAUGACCUUCAGAAGCAACACAGAAGCAGUGACUCUGGGGAACCACAGUCCUCAUGGUCAGGCUGCUUCCAUCUGGACUGAAGACCUGACUCUGGCUCUGGAGACAGCUAAUGGUCUGUCCGUCGGCUCAGUGUGGGUGAAUUCCCACUCGGUGUCUGAUCCCUGUCUGCCUUCAUCUGGUCACAAAGACAGCGGCACCUGCACCGAUGGAGGACAGGAGGGUCUUUACCAGUUUUUACGUCCGUCCUCUUCUACCUCUCGUCCUCGAUCCUCCCAUGUUUCAAUGGACUACUCUAAGUUUGGAGCGGCAGCAUCUCCAGCUGUCUUUCCGAAUGAAUCAGACUCUUCCAGUGCUCCUCCAGUCUACCAGCAGUUUGUUGGCGGUAAAGCCUGCAAGUCGGUGUCUGGCAGCAGUGUGGCCGUAAAGUCACCAGGGGGCGACAGAGUGUUGGCUUAUUGUCCAGACGGAGGCCGGAAAGACGUCCGCAACGCUGUGGAGGCUGCUAUCAAAGUCCAGCCUGGCUGGAUGAAAAAGAGUCCGACCGCCCGAGCCCAGUCCCUCUACUCUCUGGCUAAAGGCCUCGAGUCGAAGAAGCAGGACGUUGCUAAAUCUAUGAGCCUCCAGACCGGCCUCUCAACGGAGGAAUCUGGGAAGGAGGUGGAUCUCAGCGUCUCCAGGCUCAAUGUUUGGGCGGCUUACUGUGACAAAAUCAGGGGAGGAUCUUUGCCCAUGCCGUCGUCGGGCUCUGCUCUGUCCUUCCCUGAAGCCCUGGGAGUCGUGGGCGUCGUCCUGCCCAACAGAAAUCCCCUCCUCUCCAUGGUAACGCUUCUUGGGGCAGCCGUCGCCACGGGCAACGCUGUCGUCAUGGUGCCCAGUCAGAAGUAUCCCCUGCCCGCUUUGGCAUUCGUUCAGGUGCUCCAGUCUUCAGACCUGCCAGCCGGUCUUGUAAAUAUUAUCUCAGGAGAUGGAGACCAGAUGACGGCGGCUCUGGCUAAUCACAGCGUCAUCAAAGCCAUCUGGUACUGGGGCAGCGCUGAGGGCUGCCAGUACCUCCAGCACACCUGCACCAACCCCCUGAAAACCCUGCGCCUGUUCUGCCAGAAGGACGACGGAGGGAUGGACUGGACUCAGCCUGAGCCCGCCUUCCUGGAAGAAACGUGGAGGAACGCCGUCCAGUGGAAGAGUGUGUGGAUUCCUACGGCAUAAGAAGACAGAAGCAGGGAGAGUAGAAGAAGAAGGAGAAAGAUGGGAGGGAGAGUUACAAAUAUCCACUGUUGUAACAUCAGUCUGUAGGAUGUAGAUUAAAAAGAAAAGAAG